GACCUACAGGAGCCGCAGAGGUCGAAGAAGUGGGACAGAAGUCUGCAGAGACCCUGGGAAAAGAAGCGGAGGAGGAUUAUGAGGAGGAAGAGCGGAUCUCCCCCACAGUGACUGAACUUGGACUUGUUUCUGCUUGUUUGGAUCGUAGGACAGGAAGUAUCCAGGUGGGAAGACGGAGCAAAGAUGAAAGGAUGCUGCAGGGAGCUGAGGACCGUCUGAGCCCCACCUGAACCCCAUCCCUUACCUGACUGUCUGAGCCGCCGCCCCAUCAUGCACCUGCUGUGCCGCGGGCGCCUCAAGCUGCUGGUGGCGUCUCUGACCGCCGUGGUCCUGCUCACCUGGCUCUACUUGCUGGCAGGAAACCUGGAGAACGGCCGCUCCCUCCUCUUGGCACCCUGUUUGCCAGACACCCCCGCCGCUCAGGUCCUGGAGCGAGCCGUCCUGGAGUUGCGGGUCCGAGAAGUGGAGGAGGAGAACCGGCAGAUCAAGCUGCAGCUCAGCCAGGCGCAGGGCACCGCUGAGGGUAACUACGGCAACCAGCAGUGGGGCGCGUCGGCCGACACCGUGCCAGAGGACGGCGACAACACGGCGGAGGAGAAAAACAACCACACGGACUGCUCCAGAUCGCCCACCGUCCAGAAGUGUGAGCUGAUCCACGUCGCCUGUGUUUGUGCCGGUCACAAUGCCAGCAGAGACGUGGUGACCUUGGUCAAGUCUGUCCUUUUCCACAGGAGGAAUCCUCUCCACUUUCAUUUCAUCACGGACUCCGUGGCCAGUCGGAUCCUCAGCUCCUUGUUCCAGUCCUGGAUGGUCCCGUCUGUGCAAGUCAGCUUCUACGAUGCAGAGGAGCUCAAGUCCGAGGUGUCCUGGAUACCCAACAAGCAUUACUCAGGUAUUUACGGCUUGAUGAAGCUGACGCUAACCAAAGCUUUACCGUCUGACCUGGCGAAGGUCAUCGUCCUGGAUACAGACAUCACCUUCGCCACCGACAUCGCCGAGCUGUGGGGCAUCUUCAAGAAGUUCACCGAUAAGCAGGUGAUUGGACUGGUGGAGAACCAGAGCGACUGGUACCUGGGGAACCUGUGGAAGAACCACAGACCCUGGCCGGCGCUGGGAAGAGGCUUCAACACGGGCGUCAUCCUUCUCUACCUGGAACGACUGAGGAGGAUCAGCUGGGAACAGAUGUGGCGUCUGACGGCAGAGAGGGAGCUAAUGAGCAUGCUCAGCACGUCGCUGGCUGACCAGGACAUCUUCAACGCCUUCAUCAAGCAGAACCCGGUUCUGGUCCACCAGCUGCCCUGCUUCUGGAACGUCCAACUGUCCGACCACACGCGCUCAGAGCAGUGCUACACCGAGGUGUCCGACCUCAAGGUGAUCCACUGGAACUCUCCAAAGAAGCUGCGAGUGAAGAACAAGCAUGUGGAGUUCUUCAGAAACCUCUACCUGACCUUCCUGGAGUAUGACGGUAACCUGCUGCGCAGGGAGCUGUUCGGCUGCCCGAGCCAGGCCAGUCCAGAAGGCGUCCGGCUGCAGGCGGCGCUGGAGGACCUGGACGAAGACGAUCAGUGCUACGACUUCCGACGGGAGCGCUUGACGGUGCACAGGGUGCACCUGUACUUCCUGCAGUACGAGUACACGCCCACAGAGGACGACACAGACGUGACCCUGGUGGCACAGCUCUCCAUGGACAGGCUGCAGAUGCUGGAGGCCAUCUGUAAGCACUGGGAGGGCCCCAUCAGCCUGGCCCUCUACAUGUCCGACGCAGAGGCGCAGCAGUUCCUGCGCUACGCCCAGGCCUCAGAGGUUCUCAAGAACCGCAAGAACGUCGGCUACCACAUCGUCUACAAGGAGGGCCAGUUUUACCCGGUCAACCUGGUGAGGAACGUGGCCUUGAGGAACGCCAACACCCCCUACGUGUUCCUGACGGACGUAGACUUCCUGCCGAUGUACGGUCUCUAUGAUUACCUCAGGAAGUCUGUGGUCCAGCUGGACAUGGCUCACACCAAGAAGGCUCUGGUGGUUCCGGCCUUCGAGACUCUCCGUUACCGCCUGUCCUUCCCCAAAUCCAAAGCCGAGCUCCUCUCCAUGCUGGACAUGGGAACUCUCUACACCUUCAGGUACCACGUGUGGCCGAAGGGCCACGCUCCAACCAACUAUGCCAAAUGGCGAACGGCGACCACGCCCUAUAAGGUGGAGUGGGAGUCAGACUUCGAGCCGUACGUCGUGGUGCGACGGGAUUGUCCGGAGUACGACCAGCGCUUCGUGGGCUUCGGCUGGAACAAGGUGUCCCACAUCAUGGAGCUGGACGCUCAGGAGUACGAUCUGAUGGUCCUUCCCAAUGCCUUCAUGAUCCACAUGCCACACGCUCCCAGCUUCGACAUCUCCAAGUUCCGCUCUAGCGCCAGCUACCGUAACUGUCUGAACACACUGAAGGACGAGUUUCACCAGGAUCUGUCCAGGAAAUAUGGAGCCACUGCUCUCAAGUACCUCACUGCCCAGAGGAACAUGUAAACUCCAGGGAGCCGGGAUCAGGACCCUGAGGGCUCGGACUCGUGCUGGAGAUCACUGGGCAGCAGGUGGAACCGUAGAGCUUUAUGGCCCAUCUGAGCAUCUCGGGCUGCUGUGCAUUAAUCCUGCAGUGGAUGCAGAGACCAAGGAGAAUCUGAUGGGAGGAUGAAGGACCAGGAUGCAGACAGGUGUUCCUUUAAGGAGCAAAGCGAGAAGCAUUCAGUUUUAAUUUGUUCUGACAAUCAGGGCUUUUUCCAGAGGCAGUCUGUCUCUGCAUGGAUGCCAGGACCCGGCAGGACCCAGCG